AUGGACACCCCACAGAUUAUUCUAGCCGUCAUUGUGUUAUUUGCACUCGUAUCGGUCCUUUUUGUCGCUUUCUUUAGAGCACGUCGUCCCCGGCCAGACGAUCAAGAUGCGGGAUCAGGCGGGCGAUGGCCAGUCCUCCACGUGUUAGGGCGCAAGCGAUUUGGUCAUAGAAGAUAUGAACAAACUUCUGGUGAGAAUCUCGAUGGCGAAGCACAGAUUCAUCAGCUCGAACCAACGGCAGUGUCUGCCAAUCACGUCAAUACCCUCCGAGAUUCACGACAAUCAGGGAGCAGAGCGACACGAACGAAUCGAACCGGGGCUUCUGUUGACCGCAACACCUCUGUUCGUUCUGUGAUGACAUUGCCUGCAUACCGUGCUACUGCUGGGAAUAAUGAGCAGGUUCUCGGGAGGGAAGGCGAUAGAGAUGGCGUUGACGUCAUUGUCGAUCUCCCUACUGCUGAGGAGGAGGAAUCUUUACGGGAAGAGGAAAUGGAAGCAAUAUAUCAAAUACGAAUUGCUAGACGAGAACAGAUUGCGCAGCGUGAUGAGCUGAGGCGACAACGCCGCGACGCUCGACAGCGAGGUGACAGUAAUAGCUUGGCCGAUGCCAGAGCACGAUCUCGCGCUGCUAGCAACAACAGCAACCUUGACGAACUCCACCAAGAAGUUAGUCGUAUACAAGACCAGAGACAGAGAUCUGUUUCCAGCGUUUCAUACGCAGAUUUGGGCGUUGCGCGACACGACGGGACUCGGAUCAGGGCGAGUAGCAACGAAAGUGAGCGUAUCGGUCUGCUUUCUGAUGCUGCCAGCAUCGCAAUUUCAGCCCGAUCUGAGCUUGGUUCAUCAUUGGGACUGCAUCGCCGAGAACGAAGCGUCAGCUCUCUGGUUAGUGUUGAUAGUGAAUUUAACCCGGAGCCAUCCAGGACGCGGGCGAAUUCAGGACCUACUGCACCAGGGUUACUGAGCGGAGAGCCCGCGGCUGCGUCCAGCCCAGAGCUUGUGGAAGUUGACUUGGGAUUGGAACCAAACCCCCCUCCAGGGUAUGAGGUUGUGUCUCUUGAAGAUGAUGCCGGGGAAGUGGCAGGACCCAUGACCCCGUCGAAUGAGCCGCCACCGGAUUAUUCUGGACCAAACGAGCAUAUCCCGCAGACUGAACAGACAUCAACAGGGCCUGCUCAUCCAAUUCCCGGAGAAAGGAGAACACCGUCUCCGCUACAUACAUCUAGGGGGGUUGGCGGCGCACCUCAGUUACCCAGCUUGCGGAUAUCUAGGCUUCCGGCGAUUGUAAUCCAGCCACUGAACGAAGAAUCUCGAGAUGAUAAUGUAUUAUGA